AAAACAAACCACGAUGUUCGCCACCACUUAGAAGUUAGCACUCGUGCUAGCUAUAGUGGAUCAACAUGGCCACAUCGAGCAUGGACCGUUUCUUUGCUAUUCCGGAGCUACUCUCACAAGUGUUCCGAUUACUAGAGCCGCCAUCGAACGCGCGAAACGCUCGAGUCUGUCGAGCAUGGAGCGAACUUGCUCUCGACGAAGUAUGGAGAGAGGCCAACGCGGGUACUUUCCAAUCCUUGGCAGAAAUGAGUCCCUCUAUCAUCGACCCACAUCUUAUGGAAUUCACACGGCCGGUUCUGGUCAAGGACUGGCAACGCUUUCUCCGCAACUCUGAAAGGGUCAGAGUUUUCCAAGGAAAAUUCUACGGCGGUUUACAUCGACUCAUCUCCACUGCCGUUAUUGAGAUCGCAAAAACGCGCACCGUCGCGACCGUCUUUCCGAACCUACGCGCCAUAUAUGCCUCGACGGAUGAGCUCGACCUCAUCUACAUGAGCGGCUCAGUGACCAAGCUGCAUCUCAGUCUCAAUUACACACCAGACGAGCUGUUGACCCCAUUGUCGUAUACUGCUCUCUUCCGGCAUAUAGCUGAUCGGAUGCCUCGUAUAACGAUACUGGAGCUAUGGUCGUGGAAGCUCUCUGACAUCUACCACGAAAACAUCACGGGCCUCAUCGACUCGCUUCCAGAGCUGCAGAUCGUCAUGUUGCCGAGAUAUUUCUUUACCACGCGCAUCGCGCACUCACUAUCCCGUCUCCGCCACCUUCAGGAGAUAAACAUGCAAUUCGACGACGUCGAGGGCGACGAGCUCGCCCUCAGCUCGUCCAUGACACCGAAGUGCACCCUCGAAGAGGGCGCGUUCCCCAAACUGUCCGUCAUAACCUUCUCCGCGUCCACAGUCCCAGAUAUACUGGCAUUUUUCACGCAGCCGGCUUUUCCGCUGGCGAAUCUGACGGUGGUCUGGGUCCACGCACCGAUUGUUCCAGAUCCGUCACAUGUGGAGACUCUCUUCGCCGAUCUGUUGAGAGCGGUACCGAGCAUGGUAGACCUGAGCCUCGGACUGCUCAGGCUUUCGUACACCGGUCCAUCUGACCUCGAGGAUGUCAAACCGCUCACUCUACGAACCAUACUCCCCGUCACCCGUUGGUCGUCCCUCCGCAGCUUCAGCGUCAGCCAUCCACGUCCCAUCUCUCUCACGGACGACGAGGUGGAAGCGUUCGCGCGAGCGCUACACGUCGAUUUCGAAGAACUGCUGCUGAAUCCGAACCCGCUCAUCGCCACGCCACCCACUCUCACGCUCAAAGCGUUCCUACCCAUCGCCUCGCGGUUUCGAAAAUUGAAGGAGCUCGGGCUCUACUUCGAUGCGACCAUCGUCCCCCCACGUCCCACCUCGCAUCGAGGCCGUUUCGCGCCAGACCUCGUAUUCUGGGUCGGACGUUCCUAUCUCCCCGUCUCGCCGCUCUCGUCGUACGCCACCGUAGCCCGUUUCCUCGCCCUCUUCAUACCCGUGGAAACGACGUGGUACUUGCCGGGCGAAGGCCCGAUCUUUACAAGGUUCACGAGCGACUGGUUGGACGAGAUGUCGGGCAGUUUGUCGGACGUGAAGGGGUUUAAGCAGGGGUGGAAGUUGGUGCAGGCGAUGGUGUUGGUUGUGCUGGAAGAGAGGAAGGCGAGGGAGGAUGCGGUGCAGACGUUGACGCGGGUUAUUGAGUCGGAGUUGACCAUCGCGGGUGAACCAUAGGGGGGCAGUUAUGUCGAUAUCUUGUUUUCGAUUCAUUCGAUCUUCAUUUUAUGGUGGUACAUCUAUUUGUAUGCUGUAUAUGGCCUCCUGUUACAAAUUUACAACAUCCCGAUACUUGAACAUCGUCGGACACUAGCUCUAUGGACGAAGAACCCGAGAGAAUACAUCACGUAGGAUAUAGUACACUUAUACAGUAGCAGCACAAACCAUUGUC